GUCCCACUGCUGGUUUAAAUAGCGAUGGGCGGGAAGUGGCCCGCGGCGGUUAGGAGGGUGAGAGAGAGUUAGUCAUGACUUCGACAAGUACUUUCCAGGGCCUGCAGGAUAAACCCAAUUCCAGCCGUGUACUCAAACCACCCGGUGGUGGUUCCAGUAACAUAUUUGGUGCCCCUGAUGUUUCAUCCAAUAAACCUCAUAAGAUGGCAUCCAACAUUUUUGGGCCUCCUGAAGAAACUUCAUUGCCAAAGAGAUCUAAUCCUCCAGGUGGAAAAAGCAGUGGGAUUUUCAGUGAAUCAGAGUCUGUUUCUUCACAAACAUGUGCUGUUUCAGCUUGUAAAAAGGACAGUGACAUAUUUGGGGAACCAGUUGCUGCAGCUAUAGGUCGUGUCCAUCCAAACAAACCAAAGGAUGCAAACAUAUUCUCCUGUGAUGCAGAUGAAGAGUUGAAAGCUGAAGAGCAUGAAGAACAACGUGAUACGAAAGAUCAGGAAAAACCAAAGGAGCCUACAGUGGACGAUCAUGAACCUCAUCUAGGUCCACGUCCACGAUCCCAUAACAAGGUUACCCAACCACCUGGUGGCAAAUCAACCCUCUCUUUGUUCUGAGAAGGUUCUUAACUGUUUGACUGCAGUUAACUUCUGCAUGGAACAGCUGGUUAACUUGAAUGUUAUUUUUGUCCUUUUUCUUUUUACACUGAAGGUUUAUCUGCAAAGGACUGUUUUAUUUUCGAUGCAGUUGUUCAUUUCAGCAAGGAUUUGCUGGCCCAAAAUGCUGAAAUGUUCUAGAGAUUAAACAGUUGAUAAAAUAAAAAUUGCAUUGUAAAAUAAAAUAGGCACAUCACUUUUGGGUAUAGGAUAUCAUCUGUAUACUUGUUUGUGUCCUCUGCUGUUUUGAUCAUGUUUGGCUCAAUUAGGUGUUUAAGCCAUUGCCUCCAAAUGUUUUCCCACUGCAUCUUGGAUGCUUAAAUUGCCUUAACCCUAGGCAGAGCUAAGUGCAGUGGGGUGCAAGCUUUUUAGGCUGCAGAGCUUUGAAGCAUACACCCAGUGAAAAACAGUAGGUGCUAUCAGUCUCUAGUGAUGUCCAAUUAGGCCACCGUGCUCCAACACUUGGAGCCCUGUAGUUGUUGGCACUCUGUUGGAGUUCCAUGGCAGCAGUUCCAUUUGGGAAGCCCUGGUAUCUCUUAAAAGAUCUGCAUUCUUCCUGUGGAAUGCACUAGACCAUCCAUAAUAUUUUGGUGUAUUUUGAGCACCUGUGAAAAAUGACUUGACUAGCAUCUGUGUUAUAGAUUUAAAAACAUUUAGAUAUAAUGGAAUAACAUUGAUCAGAAUCGUGUUCAAUCAUGUAAUUUGUCUUAAUUGAAGAAUGUAAAGCUGUAAAAUCUGCGACAUAGUCAAGAUCCCUUGACAUGAUUGUAACAUGCAUAUUAUGAACAAUUCCAAAUCCUCAGGUGUCUUAGUUUUGACCUGCUACAAGUGAGUAUGCAAUAUUGAAUAAUGUUAACAUUACACAUGGACUCAGAUUAUUUAAUUUAGAAAUAUUUAUUUUGCUAAAACAUUUAGACAAAUGUUUCCUUAUGGUUGGUCAAAAGUCUACCUUUUUUUACUUUUUAAACUGGCUUCUGAUUUUAGUUAUAAAUCAAAGGAAACCUUCCCAACAGGUUUCCAUUUGAAGGGUUUUCCUUUGAAGAGUUAACUCCCAGUUUUGGGCCUUUCCAGGGCAAACUUUAAGAUUUAAUUGCAAGUUUUAAUUCUGCUGAUAUAUUUAUAACUAGACUGACCAUAGGACAGUAAUGACAACACAUUAGCAAGGAUUUGCUAUUGUACUGAAAGACUGUUCUAUUUGAUCCUCUUAGUACACUUCCUAUAUGCAGUUUUUGAUAGUGCAAUGUUUUUUAGAAAAUUUACUGGUCCUUUUUUGUUUCUGUACUCCCAGUAUACAUUCUACCAAAUACCAUGAAUUCUAGCUUUUCAAGGUACUCUACUCUGUGCCCUUUGCUUUUUAUACAUUAGUUCAAGGGAUGUACUGGAAAUUGGGACAUACUAAUUAUUGCCAAUGAGGAAAUGCCUUCUGUGCCUUUAUGCAGCCAUCUUGUGUGGAUGCAGAUAACUGGAUGGCAGUGGCCAAAAAUAAAAUUUACCUCCUAUUUUGUGAAUCAAUGAAACAAAGUGCAGUUUUCUAAGUGUACUUUCACUAUUUUUCAUCUUGGUAUAAACUCAGUGCUGGAAAAACAGUAGGUUUGGCUCAUUUUUGUGGAGUGGCUUGAUGUUAAGUCCAAAAUGACUCUGGCUCAGCACUUCUUCAUUUGACUUUAGCAUUAUGUAUGUUUUUCUUGCUUUUGCAAAUUUCUUCCAAUUUAGAUGGGAAAGGUGUUCCAGAGAACAGUAGUGAUUUCUGUAAACAGCAGACUGGAUGGUAUAGUGCACUUUUUGCCCGCACCCUGACCCUGCUUUUCUUUAAAACUGUUUGUUUGGAUAAGAAAGAUUAGAUUAGCAGUGGGUGAAAAGGUGUACAUAUUGAAUGGAUGAGUGAAUCCAUGAAGGAUGGCUAGAACAGCAAGAUUUUCAUUAGAUCUAAGUCCAUAAAUGCUGCUCUCUUCUCCCAAGAUCUGAGUUAGUGCCUGGCUCACAUGAAUUAGUAUAUUGCCACUUAUCCAUCUAUUACAGUGAGCAUUGUUUUGGUAUUAAUUUUGUGGACUAUUCAGUGGGGAGCGAGUUAAUAGUUGUAGGCAGCAUAUGGGAAAAGAACAGGUGGAAUUUAUUCUACACUCUAUUGUAGCAGCUACUAUAGUUAUUCAAAUGAAGUGGGGAUAACCUCAAGCUCACUGGCUGUAGGCAAAUUAAACUGCUCUGCCAUCAUCGUGAAUUUCUUGAUCUAUACUAUUAAUCAGCACUAAGUUAGCUAAACAUAUUGCUGAGCUGACUAUUCUUAAAUACAAGGUACCUUUUAUAAACUUGCUGUUUGAAAAUGGAGCUAUAUCAGCAGAUCACUGACAAAUGUUGAUUUACAGUUUUAAAAAAAAAAAACCCUUGCAAUAACAAUUAAAACAAUUAUGUUCAAAUGGAACAGAGGUGAGUGGGGUGACUUAUGAGGACUAUAGUUUAGAUACGAACAAACUCCCAGAAUCAGCUAGAAAUGAGAUUACGUUUACGUGUGCUCUAUGAAGGAACAGAUUAUUUUAAAAAUUACUAGUGGCUUUUGCCAUACGAAGAGAAAGAAAUCUAUUGCCAGCCAACAAUGAGGGAGAACUUCAAGCCAAUAAUUUUAAUGUGCAGGUAACAAAGCUGUACAGUACUUGACUUGCAACUGAACAUACAGCUGCAGUGCUUAUGAGGAGGAUUUCCAUUUUGAGGGUUCAGAAGUUGAUGAUUGCUUGAAUAAACAGUCACAUAGG